AUGACCCGAAACACAGCCUGCGGAGGUGGACAGAGCGAUGAUAGCUUGCAGAAACUCGUGCAGCUUAUCAUCAUCGAUGAAGUCCACCUCCUCAACGACGACCGUGGCGCGGUGAUCGAGACGGUGGUGGCACGAUCGCUGCGCUUCCAGGAGACGAGCGGUCAGCCUGUGCGCAUCGUGGCACUGUCUGCAACUCUGCCAAACUACCAG